AUGACCCACGCCAUUGGCAUCGACUUGGGUACCACGAACUCGUGCGUGGCGCACUUCGCCAGGGACAGAUGUGACAUCCUUGCCAAUGAUGUUGGCAACCGUACCACCCCGUCCGUGGUGGCCUUCACCGCCGCCGAGCGGUUAGUGGGCGAGGCUGCCAUCAGUCAGGCGCCGAUAAACCCGGCCAACACUGUGUUUGGCAGCAAACGGGUCAUUGGUCGCAAGUUUGACGAUGCUGAAGUUCAGGAGGAUUUAAAGUAUUUCCCCUUUGAAGUGGCUAACCACUGGGGCAACCCGGUGUUUAAUGUGCACCACUUGGGCCAGCCGAAGCUGGUUACCCCGGAAGAAAUUGCGGCGAUGGUGUUGACGAAAAUGAAGCAAACCGCCGAGGCUUAUGUUGACGGCGACGUGACGGCAGUGGUGAUCACCGUCCCCGCCUACUUUAACGGUGCCCAAAGACAAGCCACCAUCGAUGCGGCGACGCUUGCUGGGCUUAAGGUGUUGCGCAUCAUCAACGAACCGACGGCGGCGGCCAUCGCUUACGGUGUGGACAACCAAUUAGUUGGGCUGAAAACGGUGUUGAUCUUUGAUCUUGGUGGGGGCACGUUCGAUGUGUCCCUCGUGGCGAUUGAUGGCGGGGUGUACCAAGUUAAAGCCACCGCCGGCGACACUCACUUGGGCGGGGAAGACUUCACCAACCGUCUCGUCGACUACUUUGUGGACGAGUUUGAACGCAAAACGGGUAAGAUUGUCACCGGCAACAACCGAGCGACGAGACGCUUGGCGGUCGUCUGUGAACGGCUUAAGCGAGAAUUGUCAGCGCUGGUCCACGCCUUGUGUCAGAUCGAUUACUUUUGCGACGGUAUUGAUCUUGACAGCUCGAUCACUCGCGGCCAUUUCGAAGCAUUGUGCCAUGACGACUUCAAGACCACCAUUACCUUGGUGGACAAAGUGUUGGUCGAUGCCGGCAUCGACAAGGCGCAAGUGGACGAGGUGGUGCUUGUGGGGGGGUCGACGAGAAUCCCCAAGGUGCAGGAGAUGUUGCUGACUUACUUUGACGGUAAACCACUUACCAAGUCAAUCAAUCCCGAUGAAGUUGUUGCUUACGGGGCGGCUGUGCAAGCGGCCGUGUUGGUGGGAGACCCCUCGUCGCAGAUCCAACACUUGAAGUUGAUGGACAUCACGCCGUUAUCGCUUGGUAUUGAUCUUGAAGGGCGUAUCAUGGCCCCCGUGAUUCCGAGAAACACCCCCCUUCCUAUCAAAAGAUCAAAGAUCUUCACCACCUCCUACGACAAGCAAACCGCCAUCGAAUUCAGAGUGUUUGAAGGCGAGAGAAAGAUCAAUGACAACAAUCACUUACUUGGCGAGUUUGAGUUAUUUGAGAUUCCUCCUGCUCCCAAAGGUAUGCCUGAUAUUGAUGUCAGUUUUGAAAUGGAUACCAAUGGGAUCUUGAAUGUUGCCGCCGUGGAUAAGGGCACGGGCAACACUCAGCUGCUCACGAUCACUCACGACCGCGGCCGCUUAUCCGAUGACGAGAUUGCCCAAAUCGUGGCUGACGCUGCCAAGUACCGGGAGGCCGAUGACGCCGAAGCCAUCCGCAUCGGGGCCAAGAACCGGCUCGCCUCGUUGGCCUACUCGUUGAAGAACCUGCUCAAUGAUGAAUUGAAGGGCAUACUCACUCCCGGUAACUACAAGACCCUCAACCAAAUCACCUCGAAAACCAUUUCGUGGUUAGAUGGUUCGCAAGCGGCCACCACCACGGAAUACGUCAACCGCUAUAACAAGUUGCACCAGGUGGCUAAUCGGAUUGUGCCCAAGGCGUCCCCCUAG